UUUGAAAAAUUUAGAUCAGACUGUGGUUAUAUAGGAAAAAUUGAUGAUAUAACUGAUUUCAAGGAGUUUGAAGAACAAUUGAUAAAUUAUGUUACUAAAAUGAAAAAAAAUGAUGGAACUGAUUAUAUUUCUACUUCAGUUAAUGCUUGUUUGGCAGCUAUCAAUAGGCACAUUGUUGAGAAAAGUUUAUUCAAUAAUCUUAAUCUUUAUCAUAACAAUAGACAUACAUAUAAAAGAUUAUGGCAAAUUGUUGAUGGCAAACUUUGA